AUGAGUUUUAAAGAAUCAGACCUAUGGUAUGACGCCAUGAAAGAUGAGAUGGAUUCCAUGGCAUCCAACAAAGUUUGGGAGCUCGUUCAGUUGCCUAAUGGUGUAAAAUCCAUUGGAUGUAGAUGGGUCUUUAAACCUAAGAAAGACUCAAAAGGCAACAUUGAGAGACAUAAGGUUUGCACUAGACCUGACAUUGCAUAUGUUGUUGGAGUUUUGGGAAGAUAUCAAAGUAAUCCAGGUGUUGACCACUGGAAAGCUGCAAAGAAGAGUUUCAUUUCUGGGCUUAGAGUUGUGGACUCUAUUUCUAGGCCAUUAAAGUUGUACUAUGACAACUCUGCUGCGGGAUUUAUGGCUAAGAACAAUAAAAGUGGAUGUCGAAGUAAGCACAUCGACAUCAAAUACUUAGCCAUCAGAGAACGUGUUAAGGAAAAGAAAGUGGUCAUUGAACACAUAAGCAUUGAGUGGAUGAUUGUUGAUCCUUUAACUAAAGGCUUGCCACCAAAGAAUUUUAAGGAUCAUGUAGUACAAAUGGGACUUGGUUCCACGAUGUAA